AAUUGUUUUGUUUGUCUGUGCGUGCGCAUAGGGACCAGCAAGACUUGCCGUCAGUCACCACACUGGGAGCCAAUGACGUGAUCCUGGGGCUGGAGCAGGGUUUGAUGGGCAUGUGCGAGGGUGAGGCCAGGGAGGUGGUGGUCCCGCCGCACUUUGGUCACGGGGAAAACGGAGCUGGCGUGGUUCCGGGCAGCGCUGUGCUGUUUUUCCAGCUGGAGCUCGUGGAGCUGCAGAAAGGCGUCCCCAACGGCUUCAUGUUUGUGUGGCUGGGGGACGUCCCCGAGCCCCUGUUCACCGCCAUGGACCUGGACGCCGACGGCCAGGUUCCCCUGCGAGAGGUAAACCCGCGUCCCUUCGUUGUCACCCAUUUAAGGGGCUGG